CUAGGUCAUCACAGGUAGGAAAAGAAGCCCAAAGACAGCAACAUGGCGGCUUUCAGCAUAGGAACGUUGCUAUUUCUUGUUUUUCUUGUACACAAUGGUAACGCCAUCAUGUGCCACAGAUGUCUGAGUGCUUUUGGAGGAUGUGGAGACGAUGUUGUUUGGAGGAUGUAUCCCUGGAAGGAUUGUGGUGACAGUUUUUGUGUUAAAGUUGUCGAAAAAAUUCCAGGUGAGGAACCUAGAUACCUCAGGGAAUGUGAAAACACGUUACUUAAAUCAACAAUCCAUCGUCUGAGGAUGCCGGUCCUUCGUCGCCAUGGCUACUGUGUGCCUGCCAGAAAAGAUGACCCCUACAAUCCCAAUGACCAGAUUGACUCCAGGUACACCUACUGCUUUUGCAAUGACUGGAACGGCUGCAAUAGUUCUGCCAGGGUCAAACUGUCUUGGGUCCUCAGUGUUGGAAGCUUGUUAACAUUCUUUUUUUACAGAUUACUGUGAUUUUUAACUUGCGUCAAUCAUUUUUCAUAUUUAAAGAAAAAACAUCUGAAAAGAAUAAUUUUUUUUUUAUCUAAACUACAUUUUUAAAGCACAUUUGCUAUGAAAUAAAAAUUUAAUUCACUCUUUCUCUAGAAACAUUCCAUUUUGUUCAUGCAUUUUUUAAAGACAUUCAUUCCAGCAGCAUAUUGCCUUAUAGUACAAUAAUGUGUAAGUCUUGUACAUAAUGUUUGAAGAUUUAUUUCCUAUGUUUUAAGAAAAGAUGAGUGGGAAUUUUGAUAUUAAAUGGAACAAAAUAUUUAAAAUGUAGAAAUAGUCUAGAUUUUAGAAUAGGUUUCUAUUUGGAAAACUUCUUAAGAAACUUUUUAGAAUUAAUGAUUUUAUUGUAUUUGAUACGAGCAGGAAUUGUAUAAUCCAAUGUUUUUGUAAAUUAAUAUUUUUACUUAUACUAUUUACUUAGAAAGUAUUUUCAUUUUAAAAAGACGUAAAGGUUAUUUAAAGUUGUAAAACAAUAGUAUUGUAUUCUUAUAUUUCUAAAUGAUUAUGGUUAUUUCUUUGACACAUUCCAAGGUGAAAUAGUGUUUGUUGAAAAUGUUAACUAAGCAAUUUAAUGAAACAAAUGUCAGUGAGCCCAAUUGUAAAGGAGUACAAGCCCAGCUGAUCCACUUCUGUGAAGUCCUUUACAGUACUAGCCAAUUUGUUUUUCUUGUAGGAUGCCUUGUACAUUCCAUUAAAUUGUCAUAUGUAUAUAUCAUAAUAUACUAUAAUUUGAUAUUUCUAUACAAUGUUUGAUGUAUUCCUAUUCCAAUUUUUAAACACUUUUUAAUAGUUAAAAGCUGAAAUAUAAUCCAGUUCAUAUGCAAUCUAUUAUUUUUACAAGAUGUAAAUUUUCCCAAACUAAAUGACUCAAAUCACUAGAGAAAUUUUACAGACCCAGAUUUAUGUUCAAUUUUCUGAUAGUUGUUUGCAUCUUGAGUGGCUGAUGUUUUUCAUGAAUGAUAGUUUUUGUAUAAUAAACUAUUUAAAAAUU